AUGCUACUCCGAGGGCGCCCCCGGGCGCUGGGGGCCGCAGCGUUGCUGCUGCUGCUGCUGAUCGGCUUCUUCCUGUUCGGCGGGGACCCGGACUGUGAGCUCGGCGGCGAGCGGGAAGCGAGGCGGGGCGGGGGUGACCCGGGAUCCGUACCCGGCUCGCCAACGCCACGUGUACCUCCAGACGGGCGGCCGCGGUCACGGGGGGCCGUUGCCUUCGAUGGAGACCCGCCGGCAGACCCCGGGGGCCACAACAGCUCGGACUGCAUCCCGCCGCCGCCGCCGCCGCCGCCGCCGCCGCCCAAGUGCGAGCUCUUGCAGGUGGCCAUCGUCUGUGCGGGACAUAACUCCAGCAGAGAUGUCAUCACCCUGGUGAAGUCCCUGCUGUUCUACAGGAAAAAUCCACUGCACCUUCACCUGGUGACCGAUGCUGUGGCCAGGAACAUCCUGGAGACGCUCUUUCACACGUGGAUGGUGCCUGCUGUCCAGAUCAGCUUCUACGAUGCUGACGAGCUCAAGCCCCAGGUCUCCUGGAUCCCCAACAAGCACUACUCUGGCCUCUAUGGGCUAAUGAAGCUAGUGCUGCCCAGUGCCCUGCCCCCCGACCUGGCCCGUGUCAUUGUCCUGGACACAGAUGUCACCUUUGCCUCCAACAUUGCAGAACUCUGGGCACUCUUUGCUCACUUUUCUGACAAGCAAGCGAUUGGUCUCGUGGAGAACCAGAGCGAUUGGUACCUCGGCAACCUCUGGAAGAACCACAGGCCCUGGCCUGCCUUGGGCCGGGGAUUUAACACAGGCGUGAUACUCCUACGGCUGGACCGGCUUCGGCAGGCUGGCUGGGAGCAGAUGUGGAAGCUGACGGCCAAGCGGGAGCUCCUCACCCUGCCUGCUACCUCGCUGGCCGACCAGGACAUCUUCAACGCCGUCAUCAAGGAGCACCCAUGGCUGGUGCAGCCCCUGCCCUGCAUGUGGAACGUGCAGCUGUCAGACCACACACUGGCUGAGCGCUGCUACUCGGAGGCGUCUGACCUGAAGGUGAUCCACUGGAACUCACCAAAGAAGCUUCACGUGAAGAACAAGCACGUGGAAUCCUUCCGCAACCUCUACCUGACCUUCCUGGAGUACGAUGGCAACCUGCUGCGGAGAGAGCUCUUUGGGUGCCCCUGCCCGCCCCCUCCUGGGGCCGAGCAGCUGCAGCAGGCCCUGGCACAACUGGAGGAGCAGGAUGCCUGCUUUGAGUUCCGGCAGCAGCAGCUCGCCGUGCACCGCGUGCAUAUCACCUUCCUGCCCCACAAGCCGCCACCCCCCCAGCCCCAUGACGUCACCCUGGUGGCCCAACUCUCCAUGGAGCGGCUGCAGAUGCUGGAAGCCCUGUGCAGGCACUGGCCGGGCCCCAUGAGCCUGGCCUUGUACCUGACAGACGCAGAGGCCCAGCAGUUCCUGCGUUUUGUGGAGACCUCGGCGGUGCUCUCUGCCCGGCAGGACGUGGCCUACCACAUGGUGUACCGGGAAGGCUCCCUCUACCCCAUCAACCAGCUCCGCAACGUGGCCCUGGCCCAGGCCCUCACGCCCUAUGUCUUCCUCAGCGACAUCGACUUCCUGCCCGCCUACUCCCUCUACAGCUACCUCAGGGCCUCCAUCGAGCAGCUGGAGCUGGGCGGCAAGCGGAAGGCGGCCCUGGUGGUGCCUGCGUUCGAGACCCUGCACUACCGCUUCAGCUUCCCCAGUUCUAAAGCCGAACUGCUGACCUUGCUGGACGCUGGCUCUCUCUAUACUUUCAGGUACCACGAGUGGCCCCAGGGCCAUGCACCCACAGACUAUGCCCGUUGGCGGGAGGCUCAGGCCCCGUACCGUGUGCAGUGGGCUGCUGACUAUGAGCCCUACGUGGUGGUGCCGCGUGACUGUCCCCGCUACGAUCCCCGCUUCGUGGGCUUUGGCUGGAACAAGGUGGCCCACAUCAUAGAGCUGGAUGCACAGGAAUACGAGCUCCUGGUGCUGCCUGAGGCCUUCACCAUCCACCUGCCGCACGCCCCAAGCCUUGACAUCAUCCGCUUUCGCUCCAACCCCACCUAUCGUGACUGCGUCCAGGCCCUCAAGGACGACUUCCACCAGGACUUGUCCCGCCACUACGGGGCUGCUGCCCUCAAAUACCUCACUGCCCUGCAGCAGCCCCGGGGCCCUGUCUGA